ACUCGAUCCCCGGCAGCGGGAGGGUCCAUCGCUCCUCCUGAUUUAUAGGUUAGUCGGUUUUCGGAACCCGACCCGGUACACGCGCACACACGACCGACAACCAUGUCCGCGUACGACUGGCUUCAGCAGCAGCAACAGCAGCAGCAGUUUGUAGUCGACGAAACUCAUCUGCACGAAGGCAAAGGUGCCGGCAAAAGGUCUAGGCAGACGUACUCCAAAUAUCAGACGGCCGUGUUGGAGACGGUGUUCCAGACUUCCAGAUAUAUCGUACGAAACAAGAGACAGCAGAUGUCGGCCGAGCUGAGCCUGACCGAGCGGCAGAUAAAGAUAUGGUUCCAGAACAGGCGGAUGAAGGAGAAGAAAUGCCACAAGGAAGCGCCGCGGAUCGUCGUCGACCGACAUAUGACCGGGCUGCAGGGCGAGGUAUGUCCGUCGGGGGCAUUGGCUGUCGGUUACGCCGAAGACUACUGCAGCAACGCCGUCGAGCCGGCCGACGACCCAAGGGAUGAAGACGUUUUCACCAGUGGUUACCACCCCGCAGUGACCAAACACCGACCGGACGACGUUGGCGGUUACUCCGUUUACGGUGGUUACGAUUUGCUGACCGCACCCGACCCGUACGACCAACGUGUAGCAAAACAACAGUGUUGGUCGGCACCCGUCGACUUCCAUCAAGACUUGUACGCCGACCACAACUCAAGCCAUUUUCAAAGACUGCCGACGACUCACCACCACUAUCCGUUGAAUUCACAAGUACAAGACUACUGUCCGCCACAGCUGCAGGCUGCACAUGGUUAUUGACGGUGGUCACUAUUCUUCAACAUGAGUAUAAUAAUACUGUGCAGUUCGGCCUGUACAUUAUUGUAAUGGUACGCAUUAUUGCAUAAUAUAAUCUUUCGACUGCCGCGUGGUGAUAAAAUUCUAGUCAAUUCACAAAAAGGUGCUGUACAGCUGAUAACAGUCGUCGGGCAUCGCAUAAUAAGGCCAAUCGUAAUAUUAUUAUAAAAUUGUGAUAAAUACGAAAACCCCGUCAGGGCAUUACGCACCCUUUCGGAUCAGACCACCCACACACUGCCGCCGGAUGACGCUGCAGCUACCUUCUGUACACAUAAACGAGAUCCUAAUAUGAUCUAACACGUGAAAUGUGAAUCAUUUAUUAUUAUUAAAUAUUAUUACUUUUUUUUCUUACGUAUUAUAAAACUCUAAUCAAAAUUAAAAUAUAUCGUACGUUAAUAUUUUUAUUAGUAUAUUUAUAUGUGUAUGUAUAUAUAUAUAGGUCACAUAUUAUUAUAUGUAUAUUGUGCAUUUGUGGCUUUAUGUUUUCUCGUGUGUCUUAUGAUUUAAAAUAUAAAAUAUAAUAUAG